AUGAAGCUGUCCACUGUUGCGCCGUUCCUCUUGUGUUCCGUGCAUACUGCACUGGCCCAGUCCCUCGCUCCCUCGCCCACUGCUUCGGUUGGCUGCGAGCCUCAUGGCGACCACUGGCACUGCGAGGGUCUCAAGGUCACCUCUCUUGCCACGGUCGUGACCGCUGCCAGCGUCUCAUCCGUAGCUGCGACCACCUCCGCAGUCCAUGAUCAUGACGACCAUGAUGGCGAGUCCGGUUCCUCCGUCUCUUUGAAGCCCAGCCCGACGGAAUCCUACGGUUGCGAGGCCCACGGCGACCAUUGGCACUGCGCUGGUCACGUCUCGGCGACUACCACGACAUCUCCCGGGUCCCAGGAACAGGCUGGCUCAGUCAACGCCACUGCUUCUACCACCCCUCCCACUGCUGGUGCCAUCCGCCAGGGAGCUUCGGGCUUGGCCGCCGCGGGAUUGGCCAUCAUGGCCCUCGCUUUUUGA